CUGCCGCGCGGUUUGUCUCUCCGGCCGGCCCGUAGCGCCGACUCCUCGUGGCUCCAUCAUGGCGGGCGCUGCGGGCUCUGACGAGGGCCUGCGCUACGCCGAGUACGCACGGGGCCCUACGGCCGCCGGCAGGGGCCAAACCGAGCUGGACCGCGGGCUGGCCAGAACUAUGAUAGCAGUUGGACUUGGUGUUGCAACUGUUGCAUUUGCAGGUCGUUAUGCUUUCCACCUUUGGAAACCACUGGAGCAGGCAAUUACAGAGACAACAAAGAGGAUUUCGACUUCUAGUUUUUCAUCAUACUAUAAAGGAGGAUUUGAACAGAAAAUGAGUAGGCGAGAAGCUAGUCUUAUUUUAGGGGUAAGUCCGUCUGCUGGCAGGGACAAAAUCCGAAUAGCCCAUAGAAAAAUCAUGAUUUUGAAUCAUCCUGAUAAAGGUGGAUCACCUUACUUAGCAACAAAAAUAAACGAAGCAAAAGACUUGUUGGAAUCCAGUGCCAAAAACUGAAAUCCGAAGGCUUGAGUCAGAGGAGAUGCAGCAAAUACAUUGCACAAUGGCUUUCAUGUCUACUUGCUCUGCACAGUUUCUUAUUCAUAUUUAUUGUCAUAAUUAAAAUUUUAAGAUGAUCUAAAGCAAACUGAUAUCUUUUACAGUUAUGUAAAGUUAUGUACAGUUAUGCUCCUGCAAGGAGCAUAGAGUUGGACGUGAUGAUCCUUAUGGGUUCCUUCCAACUCAAGAUGUAUUAUGAUUCUGUGUCAAUUUUAGUGUAUUUUUAUUGAAUCAUUAUCCCUUACAAACUUUGAAAAAGUUCUCGUACUGUCUGGGGUUUUUUUUUUGCAGAAGUAGUUGCUUCUUUCAUUAAAUUUUGGAUCUUUUAAAAUAAAAUUCAAAAAUUAGUCUUAAAUACAGGGUUCUUCAUUAAUGAAGAAACAACUCUAUAUUUAGAGAAAAUCUGUGACAGUGUGAUGAUUCACAGGAAAUAUGGCAGAUGUUGUACAAGUUUCCAGCACCACCGUACCCUUGAGUCUGUUCAUUGUGAAGUAGUAGGGUUUGUUCAUGAGUGUGGUUUGAAAGCUGCAACUCCAGACAAAAGGACUAAUGGGACCACAGACUGCAGUUUUCAUUAACUGUAUAUAUGGGGCUUGGAGCUAUGAAGGAGAAGAUUCUUGGUUUUGGUUAGUUCUUUUGCUUAUUAAAGGAUCUCUGAGAUUGUCAAAUAGUUAUUUAGACAUGCUUCAAGUCAUAGAGUAUGUUUACUCUGUAGCAGUUGGGAUAGUGCAGGGGUUUUCAUAGCAGUGGGCCUGAAGAAGGUAGGUCCAUGUGGCGUGGAGUUGAGAUGCAUUUUAUUGGCUGCAGUUGUCCAGAUCCUACACCAAUCGUGAGCCUGGUGUAGGACUGACUCAGCAGGGAACAAACGGGAGGGUACCUGCUUUGCAUAUGGCUCUGGGUGCACUUCCUGGCUUAGUUGUCCAGUAAUGCUUACAUCUCUGCAUUAUGCUUCAUAUCCCAAAAUAUAUGUACAUACUUCCAUACAUCCAUACAACCUAACGCUGGCUUUGGGGAGUGCUGAAGUCAUGGAUCUCAGACUUUAAAGAGGAUAAGUUUCAGCUGGCAGCUGGGAGUAGGUGCAGUUUGGGGCACUUGGCUGCUACAGAUUCCUAGCGGUAAAUUGUCUGCAGAUGAAUUAACUCUCCUAAGAAGAUGAUGAUGAGGUGAGACAGUAUAGUGGAUUCAGUGCAAGACUGAAAAACUUCCUACUGUCCAUUCAGGCUCUGUCAUUUGAGGUACAACAAACAACUUGAAAUGCUACAAAUAUAAAAUUUAGAUAUUCCAUUUUCUAGGUUAUUUAGCCAGAGGUAAGUGGCUAAGAGCAGUUAAUAUGAGGUUGAAUGCUUUAAUUAUUUAUCCACCAGAACAUGCAUUUAUAGUUCAUCCUGUGGUGGCUGUCUAGAUUAUAUGGAUUUUUCCUUGAAAGGAAGAAAGAAUAUGAAUUAUUUUUUACCAGGUUCCUGAGACUUUGUCACAAUUCCCUUACUUUCAUUAAAGGGAGAUGAAAAAAUUUUUAGUUGAUCCUAAAAGGAAAUACUAAUUUCACGUAGUUUAGAGACUUCAUUACAAUUAGAGUGGCAAGACACACGACACAAUUUGACUGGAUAAAACAAAAAGGACUGUUGGGAAAAACCUACCUGGGAAUAGCAUGCACUGACUGUAUGAGUACUACACUUGCAUCAUUUAACUAAUGCUGUAAUACAAGAAGCUUUAAAGAAAAUGGUUUAUUCCUAUGCAGUAGCUUUAAUUGGUUCUUGUUAAAGGAGUGGCCAUCAAUUAAUGCACAUCGAAGGUUAGUCACUCAUUUCACUGGUAUAUCAGUCUGUAUUAGCAAAAAAUGAAAUCAUGACCGUUUUCAUUUUGGGAGAAGUGAGAUGGUGGGGGUCCUUAUUUUCUAAAGUGGAAUGUGUAUGUGAUAUGAGUCAUUCUGCAAAAGCAAAAUUGAUGUGAAUGGUAGGUAGCAAAAUCAUUCUGUCUGAUGAUUUUGAACUGACUAACUGUUGUUUUUGUAUGAUUGCCUUUUUGUUUCCUGAGUAAAAUGAGGUACUAUUCUAAAAUAUCAAUUGAAACAAAUGCAUUAAAGAUGGCUACUUGUUCUGUUCUUUAAAAUGAACUUCUCAUGUCUUUGUAAGAAGUAAAGGGUUGGGUUUUUUGUGAGAUUCUGUUGCUGAUAACUUCAUUCCUCAUGUAAUUAUUUGUACCUGAUUAUUUUGGAUGAAACACAUUUUUUCUGACUUUAUAAGGGAGAUUUUCCUUCUUAACAAAAAGAAAUAAAACCAAGUUCUAGUUCUGCUUUCUCCGUUAUUUUCAGAGCAGACUACUGACCAAUUAACAAAUUUGAUGUAUUAACAAAUUUAAAAAUUCAGCAAAUUAGCUGGCCAGUCCUAUCUCUGCAAAAUGCUGUGAAAUUAAUGAAACUAAUGAGUAGCAGUUGUGAAAGCAUCCCUGUUGUAUGUCCAGUGCCAUAACUUCACACAUACAAUAGCAUAUUUUUUCUUGUCUGUUUAGUCGCAAAACUUGCUUUAGCUGCUAAGUGAUGUUUGGAAGGAUGAACAAAGGACAGGGAAAGGCCAAUCUUGUAAUGCUGCUCAGUUUGUUGUCACUGAUAGUCAACAUGGCAGGCUAAGGAAUGCCUUUGGAGUCUGCUUUGCAGAACAGCACUUGGAUUGAUGCUCAGCUGGGCUAGGAAGAAUAUUUCUAACAGCAUAGCCUGGUAAUUUAAUCUUAAAAAUAUGCAGCCUCUUGAGACUAUUUUCUUUACUUGUCAGAUGCAUAAGCUUUUUAUGUGUAAGAAAAGUGCGUAGAGGUUGAUUUAUUCUCGAGCAAUUUCUGUCCAUCCAUACUACUAGCAGCAGGCAGACUCGUUUUUCAUGUGUUGCUUUAAUGUUCAGAAAAUGUUCAUCUGUAACUUCUUAGCUUAGGAAUUCCCAGGUAGUUUUCCCCUUACAUGAUAGCCAGUCCCAGUUAUCCUCUACAGCUUUAGAAGUCAGGCAGGACUGAGUGCAUUUAUUUGUCAUUGCUGUGGGUGAUUCCCAGUUUAUUUAAUGAAGCAGAGCUUGCUUAUCUACCUGGUUUUGGUCUUGGUCCAUGGGAGUUUUACUUGAUACUUCAUUCUUUACCCUUGAUACAGCAGACUUAGGCAGGUCCACGAAAAGACCCAGUAAAUCCAGCUAUCCGCCUAUGCAUAAGGGCAACUUGCAAAACUUGCUGGCUUAGGGUGGGACAUGGGUAGAAUUGAGACAUAAAAAUAAGGGCACAAUUCACAAAACCUUUGCCUGAUCUCUUAGGUAAUUUUAAAGGUAAAAAUUUACUCUCCUAUGCAUUCGGAUUUUUGUUUUUGUGUAGGUGUAAAACUACUUUCUUCUUGUAAAGUCUUUGCUCAGUUCUGCACUUAUCCUUAGAUCAGCAGAUUUGGUAUCUGGUGUCUUUAAGUUCCCUGAAAAGCCUGAUCCAGUAGCUGUGGUUGUCAGGUGCCUCAUCAGCCUUGGUGUGAAAAUCCCAGUAUCUGAUCUGCUACUCAGAUGAGACUGGUGAUGAAGCUGAGAUGAGGAGGUGAUGGCACUUGCUGUGCUUCUUUCUGGAGCUGCCCCUUGCUGCAGCAUGGAAGUUGAUAAAGCCUGUGAGAUCCCUGGGCCUGAGUGCUGAGCUCUGGUCAGCUUAAGUCCUUGAAAUGAUGUCAAAACAACUUAAAGAAAUUCACCAGCUGAGGUUAUUACUGACUUCCUUAGUAGCCUCACUUCCUGCAUGUUGGGCUUUAGGGCCUUAUCUUAAUUCACACUCUUCUGUGAGCUUCUGUCUGCCAGUCUUUCUGACUUUGACAAGCAGCACGAUAGAUUGGCACUAAAUCACCAGGAACACUUUCCAGAACUUUUUAGUUGAAUGAUGACAAAACUAUUGUGUUCCUUGGGUCAUAAACAGCAGGUUUUGUUGUGUGGGUUCAAAGGCAUAUUUGUGAAUUGGCACCUUGACCAGGACAGUCUUAGGACUUUUUAACUUUGUCAUUUCAGCGAUUACUUUCAAGCAACAGAUUGUGUGUGUAUGUACACGUGUAUGUAAGCACACACAUGUUUAUACACAUACACGCUGCUUUUCAAGAUCACAUGUGGAAUUUUGCAUCUGUACUGGGGCACACUUAAAAAAAUAAUGGUUUUCUUUCCUUUAUUUAUUUAUUUAUUUAUACUUAAUUUUCCAAAUCAGAUCAAGACAGCAAAUAUAAUGCCAAAGCAAAUUACAGGUCUUAAUUUAAUUAUGUUGCAUAAAUAGGAAGACAAGUAAAAAAAAAGUUUAAACAACACACACCACCCCAGUGUCUCCAAUUUAUCCACUUUAUUGAGUUUAUACUCAGUUUUACUCUGGUAUAGGAUGUAGUUAUGAAUAUUUUAAAGAAAAAGUGGCACUUUUCUUAUAUCGUCAUCAUACUGUAUUUGUGCAAGAAUCAUGUACCCAACUUUUUUUAAAUGAGGCAAAUAUAAAAUAAAAAAUGGUAGAGCUUUUUGA